ACCUUUUGUCCAGGAGCGGAACUAAUCAGAAGGGUCAGGAAAGCUACGAAGCACCUCUUCUACGGCACUGCUACCAGCUCCCAUCUAGCAUUCUAGCAACGGCCAUGGCCAUGGCGUCUCUGCAGGUGCCCUCACUCCCUCCUCUCCUUCCGGCGAGAAAAGGCUGCGCCAGCACAAGGCCGCGGAUGGCCGCCUUGAGCUGCAGAUACAACCAGUCCACUAGUGCCCAAGGACGAACAAGGCUCAGAAACCACGUAACACGCAGAGAUACCUUGUCAUUCAUGUCAUCUGCCAUCUUGGCUGCAUUCCUGGUGGCUAGCCCUGCUGAAGCUAGAACUUCCAGGCUGGAGAACAAGAAGAAAGCCAUGGAGAAGCUGGAGAAGCUCCGGGAGAAGGCGUUGGGCCCAAAGGAGAAGAAGGGAUCCACCGGCAAGGAGAUGCCGCCUCCGGCGAACCUGCUGAUCCCUCCUGCGGCGGUCGAGGCUUCCUUGAUGCAGAGCAACUUUCCUGCAGACGGCGAUACGUGCACACCGUACUCACUACCGUUCGAUAGAUCCCCCGGGAUAUGUUCUAGCGAAUUGUCUUCAUUCACCUGGCUCUAAUCUACCCACUCCGUUAAUCUUUUCUGCUCAUCAGCGCGCGUCUACUUUCAAAAGUUAGCACUGCAGGAAACAUGUGUCGCCGCAUCGAAGAACACGCAAACUGCGGGGAGCGUCUGCCCCCUCAAUCGAUUUAUGUGCAUG